AUGUCCUCACAAACAGGAGCUUCCUCUCCUUCGGUGUCAUCGUCAUCAAAUGUUGCGGCAGCCGUGAAUUUGAACGAAUCAAAGAUGACAUCAUUGCAAGCUCCUCCAAAACAAGACAAUACAAAAUCAUUUCUGGUUCAAUCUUCUCCGAUUGUUUCUUUCAUAUCGGGAGCAGUUUAUGGAUGUACUUCCGUGGCUGUUGGUCAGCCGUUAGAUACGAUUAAAACAAUUAUGCAAUCGACAUCAACCAUCAAUCAACACAAUGCAACUACUUUGGGAGUGAUUAAAUCAAUUUAUAACAAGCAUGGUUUUUGGGGAUUUUACAGAGGUUCUCUCCCUCCAUUGGUUACUGCAUCAAUUUUGAGAAGUUUACAAUUUGGUGGUUAUGCUAUGGCAUUAAGUUAUAUUAUGGACCAUCAUCUCAUGUCAAACAAUGAUUUUAGAAAAGAAAAUUUAAACGUUUUGGAAGAGAAACGAUUCGUACUUCAUCCUGAAAUGUUUGUGGCAGGUUGUUUUGGAGGAGCAGCUCGUGCAAUUGUGGAAACUCCAGUAGAGUAUCUAAAAGUGAGAAGACAAACCGAUCAGCCUUGGAAGUUAUUGGAAGUUUAUCGUGGAUUUACAGCAACAUUAUUGAGAAACAUGUUCUUAUUGGGAACAUUCUUUGUGUUUGUUGAUUUUUUCACACAAGAAUAUAGAAAUUUACAAGUGAGACAACAAUUGGCAUCAUUGAAAUCUGAUGAAGAACGAGAACAAGCAAAAGGUUCACAUUUUGAAUUUAAAAAAUUGUCACCUUUUUUCACUGGUGGAGUUUGUGCAACGUUGGCAUGGUGGUUGGUCUUCCCAUUGGAUGUCAUUAAAAGUCAAAUUCAAUCCAUGAGACCAGAUGAAAAAUUAGGAGUUUUCCAGAGAUUAUCCAUUGUGGGAAAGACACUUGGUGUGAGAGGAUUUUUCAGAGGAAUUGUUCCUGCGUCUAUGAGGAGUAGUUUGGCCAAUGGUGUCUCAAUGAUUGCAUUUGCCUAUGUUUCUUCGUAUCUCAAUCAAUGGGACAAAAAGUGA